CCCCCCUUACAGAUGAUGGUGCUGUGGAGUACUCUGACAGGUCUGUGUUGUUUUGUCCUGUCUGGGAGGAGUCUGACCUCACUGCUUUGUGUGUCCGCAGUGCUCAGCGACCCACAGUCCAGGGCUAUCUAUGACAUCUAUGGAAAGAGAGGGCUGGAGGUGGAGGGGUGGGAGGUGGUGGAGAGGAAGAGGACCCCAGCGGAGAUCAGGGAGGAGUUUGAGCGUCUGCAGAGGGAGAGAGACGAGAGGAGACUGCAGCACAGGACCAACCCCAAGGGUACGAUCAGCGUGGGCGUGGACGCCACAGACCUGUUCGAUCGCUACGACGAGGACUAUGAAGAGGUUCCGGGGGGCGGAUUCCCACACGUUGAAAUCAACAGGAUGCACAUCUCCCAGUCCAUAGAGGCUCCGCUCACCACGACAGACACAGCCAUCCUCUCGGGCUCCCUGUCCACUCAGAAUGGAAACGGGGGCGGGACCAUCAACGUGGCCAUCAGGAGGGUCACUUCCACCAAGGGCUGGGGAGAGCUGGAGCUGGGCGCGGGGGACAUGCACGGGCCCCUCUUCGGCAUGAAGAUAUUCCGGAACCUCACGCCUCGCUGUUUCCUGACGGCUCAGUGCGCGAUGCAGGUCUCGUCCCGCGGUGUCCGGCCCGGCCUCACCACCGUCCUGGCGCGACACCUCGACAAGAACACCAUGGGGUACCUGCAGUGGCGCUGGGGGCACCCCGAGUCUGCCAUGAACACCAGCAUCGUGAGAGACACCAAGACCAGUCACCUCACCUUCGCACUGCAGCUCGGGAUCCCUCACUGCUUCAUGAUGCUCAGCUACCAGUACAAGUUCCAGGACGAGGAUCAGACUAAAGUCAAGGGCUCCCUGAAGGCUGGGUUCUUCGGUACUGUUGGAUACGGUGCGGAGCGGAAGAUCAGCCGGCACAGUGUUCUGGGGGCCACAGUCAGUGUUGGGGUACCCCAGGGGGUCUCCCUCAAAUCAAGUACGUUGAACAGAGCCAGUCAGACGUACUUUUUCCCGAUUCACCUCACGGAUCAGCUCCUCCCCAGCGCUGUGUUCUAUGCCACUGUGGGGCCGCUGGUAUUCUACCUGGCGAUGCAGAGGCUGGUUAUCCACCCCUACCUGAGCGCCCAGAAGGAGCAGGAGCUGGAGAAGCAGAGGGAGAGCUCGUCCUCCGACAUCGCCAGGAAGAAGCAGGAGGCCGAGGCAGCCGUGCGCUUGAUGCAGGAGUCGGUGCGCCGGGUCAUCGAGUGGGAGGAGUCCAGGAUGGGCCUCAUCAUCCUGAACGCUUGGUAUGGGAAGUUUGUGACGGACACCAGCAGGAAGCAGGAGAAGGCGAAGGUGAUCGAUGUGACGGUCCCGCUGCAGUGCCUGGUGAAGGACUCCAAACUCAUCCUCACAGACGCGUGCAAGUCUGGCUUGCCCGGGUUUUACGACCCUUGCGUUGGGGAGGAGAAGAGCCUCAAGGUGCUGUAUCAGUUCAGAGGAGUCAUGCACCAAAACCUGUCUGGAGACACAGAGGCACUUAGGAUACCAAAGCAAUCUCACAGGAUUGAUGCAGACACUUAAGACAUUAAGGGACGAGAGCAUGGACAGAGAGAGAGAGAGAGAGACGGACUGGACUGCACAGCCAGGGAGCCUGCAGACCCCACGCUAACAAACACACACAGAUGUGAACAUUUUUUAUUGCUAGAAUUAUUAUUAUUAUUGUUAUUAUUAUGAUGAAGGUGGUGACACAGAGGCGCGGGGCACUUUCAGGAAACAUGUACUGGGGACUUGCAUGGGGAUUUUACAUGCAAAUGAAAUGAAAAGAUACCAGUGGAUGAUUUAAAACAAAGAAAACUGUGUUUGACAUCUGUCUCUGUGUGCGUGUGUGUGUGUGUGUGUGUGUGUUCGUGUCUGUCUGUGUGUAUGCUUGUCUGUGUGUGUGCGUCUGGCUGUGUGCUUGCUUGCUUGCUUGUGUGUGUGUGUGGUUGUCUAUGGAUCUGUUUUAGAAUGUACAGUACUGUGGAAAAG